AUGAGCCUCCCCGGAUUCAAGAAAUACCACAAGGCACCCUACGACGCUAUCUCACCUCCUUCGCCUUCGUGGGCCGCCAAGGCCUCCAAGGCCGUCAUCGUCGGCCGCCGCAGCCACGUCAUCGACGCUUCGGUCGAGCAGCUCAGCCGCGAGGCCCGCGAGGCUGGCAACGCCGCCACCACCGUCGAUGGGUACACGUGCGACCUCGGCAGCACCGAGUCCACCGCUGCCCUAUGGGAGAAGCUCGCCGGCGCUGGCACCCACGUCAACGUCCUGAAAUACCUCAUCAACGUCUCGACCGUAGCAUCGUACAUGCACUCCCUCAGUCAGGGUCUUCCCACAUACGACAUCUACAAGAACGCCGGCACUCUCCUCCUUUGGCACCUUGCCAGGGCCGUUCCAGCUAGUCAGAUGCAGAUCGUGAGCCAUCACCCUGGCGCUGUCCUCAGCGAGGGAGCGAAGAGCAUCGGUGCUGCCGAGACUCACCGCAACGCUACCACUGACCUGGCCGAAGUCAUCCGCGGCCGCUUCUUCUGGGAAAAUUGGGACGUCAACGAGGUUAGGGAGGUCAGGGAGGUCAUCGGAGAGCGUAUCUCUCGGGAGCUACAUUUCUUGACUGUCGGCGUUGAGGGAUUGAUUGCCUGA